AUGUCCUUAGCUGAAUUUGAUGAAUUGAAAUUUGAUCACUCAGCUCCAAGAUUAGACAAACCCUCCACAUACUUACUAAGGAAAGCUAGAAAGAACCCCAACGGAUUACAAGAAUUAAGACAAUCAUUAAAAUCAUGUACUAUUUACGUUGGUAAUUUAUCAUUCUAUACGUCUGAGGAACAAAUUUAUGAAUUAUUUAGUAAAUGUGGGUUCAUUAAGAGAAUUAUAAUGGGGUUAGAUAGAUUUAAAUUCACGCCUUGUGGAUUUUGUUUCAUUAUUUAUAGUAGCCCCAAUGAAGCUUUGAAUGCUUUGAAAUAUCUUUCUGAUACGAAAUUAGAUGAUAAACAUAUUACUAUUGAUUUAGAUCCUGGAUUUGAAGAUGGGAGACAAUUCGGAAGAGGGAAAAGUGGUGGUCAAGUUAGUGAUGAAUUAAGAUUUGAAUUCGAUGCAUCGAGAGGUGGGUUUGGGUUACCAUUUAAUGGUGGGGAUGAUAAUGGUGGUUAUCAAUCAAAAGUUGAUGAAUUUGGUGGUCCAAUAGAAAUUAAUACUAAUAGUAAUUUCAAUGAUUAUAAUCGUAAUAAUUUCGGUACACGUAGAGUUAAGUUUGGUUAUAUCCCACCUCCAGAUGCAAUGGGGACGUUCAGCUUUAAAACUGAGGAUGGUACAUUGAGAGAUGGAUUAGGUAAUAUAAUUAAAGAGGAAGAUAGAAUUAAAGAAGAAGGGUUUGAUAAUGAUGGUUUUGGAGGUAUGAAAACUGAAAAUCAAGAUGAAUAUAUCAAGAAGGAGGAAAUUAAAGAUGAGGAUCAACACGAUACUUAUAUUCCUGAACGCUGA